AUGCUCGAUGCCGCUCGCCCGCACGCCCAGCAGUCGACAGGCUCGCUGCGAGCCGUUCGCUAUGAAGAUGCCGUAGACGGCCUGCCUCCGCGAAGAGUCACCUCCGUGCAAGACAAGGACCAUGCCAACGCCAACGGCGCCCACGCGACCCCGCUGCGUACCAGUGCCUCCCAAGUCAGUGCCAGAUCGGACCACUCCUCUGCGCGCCCCGGCCGACAGUCGACCAGACAGCAGCAGCAGCAGCAGCAGCAGCAGCAGCAGCAGCAGCAGCAGCAGCAGCAGCAGCAGCAGCAGCAGCAGCAGCAGCAGCAGCAGCAGCAGCAGCAGCAGCCUCAGCGACCUCGAACCUCGCCAAGUCCGCGUCCACGCGCAGUAGACGCUUCUUCCCUGCUCUCCGAAGAGCUCAAGCGCGAUUCGGGAAUCGCACCUUCCGUUUCGACCACACACAGUGCGUCUUCUCUCCUCUCGGUACCCAGCGCUGCAGGAGGCGCAGCGAGAGAGCCGAGCCUGCCCACCAUCGUCGUCCAGGAUGAGGAGUCGCCCGGCGCAAUCGACCGCAGCAGAUCACCGCUUGGCAGGGAGAACACGAAAGAGAAGGCACCACGGCAGGCGAAAUCGCGGUCUCCGCCCCAAGUACAGCGCAUGCGCAGCUUCAAGGGUAUACAAACGGCAACCCCUACCGUCAGCGCAGACGAUAUUGCCCUGGAUGACCUGGCCUCGGACAAGAUCACCUUUUCGGAGAGAGGAAGUCUCCUGUUUGGUGGGAAGAAAAUGCAAGACUUGAUCGCGGCGGAGGGCAGAGGCGAGGAAAGAGCGGGCGCUGCUGGUGUGCGGCAUAGCCCUGUGCCAGCCAAGAGCGUGGAGCCACAGUCGCGAAGCACUGGGGAAUCGGGGCCGCGGCCUACAGCUGCUGAAGAAUCACGGGCGAAAGAGGAGCCGAUGCAGGAAGGUCAGAAUGGAACUCAGACUCGGCAAGGGGGUUUGAAAUCCGGGCGAAGGCAGCCGAGCGUGCAGAUGCUCCAAGCCGCCAUUGACCGUGGUCGUGUCCUGUCCGCCGAGGAGAUUACGUUUUCCAUGAAAGUACGAAGCAUGUACGAGCACGGAGACGAGCGGGCGGCCGACUGGGUAGGGUCCCUAGAUGGUGCCCUAUCUACCUCAAGAGACGCAUCAACUCCGGACCUGAGCGGGAGAGAAAGCAAUACACCUGAGACGAACAACGGCAGUAUACAAGUCAACAAGACGAGAACGGCGAGUUCUGAGGGUAAUCUACCGCGGAACAGGACGAGCUCCUACUCGAAGACCCCGAACGAGCUAGCUGGAGGCAUUGAGGACUGGGAUGAUGUCGACAUUCGGCAUGUAGAUCGGUAUGGGUUCAUCCAUCAAGAUCAGGCACUCUCUCGCGGUGGGGCGUCUGUGAGGCACGAAGGCGUGGGCAUGCAGCGCGUUGCAACAUCUCUCCGCGUCGAGGUAGAGCAAAGAAGGGAUCGAAAGCUGGCUCGAGGAUCGUCUAGUGCGCGCUCUUCGAGGUCUGUCCCACCUCGCCCGAGCAACGACUGGACGGCUAAGAAGGGUCCAGCAUCCGUGCAUAGCACGCACUCGCACGCGUCGACGACUCACCGGACCAAUCCGUUCCGAUCACGAACCAAGCGGACCUUGGCAGAGGCAGCAGACAUGCUCUCGCCACCUCCUGUUCUAGCUGACAUUGACGAGAACGAUGAUGCGGGGAAGACGGCUUCGGUGCUCAAGCAGCGGGAAUGGACGCGUGAGGAGAAAUGGCAGAAGAUGGCGCGUCCCGUCAAGAUUGCCGAUGUCAAGGGAGGAGGCAUGAAGUUCGCGUUCGACACGAGCUCCCCCAAAGUCAUCGAGCGGACCUGGAAAGGCAUACCGGAUCGUUGGCGGGCGACGGCAUGGCAUAGCUUCCUUUCGGCCAGCGCGGAGAAGCGACGCAGUCCGAAGACGGAUGGGGAGUUGAUCGAACAGUUCCACAAGAUGCAGGAGGAGAGCGGUGCGGACGACGUCCAGAUUGAUGUCGACGUGCCUCGCACUGUGAGCAUGCACAUCAUGUUCCGGAGACGUUACCGGGGCGGUCAGCGGCUGCUGUUUCGGGUGUUGCAUGCGGUCAGCCUGUAUUUCCCGGACACGGGAUAUGUGCAGGGCAUGGCUAGUCUGGCCGCAACUCUGCUGUGUUACUAUGAUGAGGAGAAUGCCUUUGUCAUGAUGGUCCGGCUUUGGCAGCUGAGGGGACUGGAACAGCUUUUUAGGGAUGGCUUCGCGGGACUGCUGACUUGUCUGGGCGAGUUUGAACAACACUGGCUGCGGGACGGGGAUGUCGCGACCCAUCUAUCGGAUCUCGGCAUCACUUCGACGGCGUACGGCACCCGUUGGUACCUAACGCUCUUCAACAUGAGCCUUCCCUUCCCCGCUCAGCUCCGCAUCUGGGACGUCUUCAUGCUGCUCGGCGACGAAGCCAACAACGACACGGGGGCUUUUGGCGGCGCGGAUCUGGAUGUCCUGCACGCGGCGAGUGCGGCCUUGAUCGAUGCCACGCGCGACGUCCUGCUGGUCAGCGACUUUGAGAACGCUAUGAAGGUUCUGACUUCGUUCGUGCCCAUCCAGGACGAGGAUGUCCUGAUGCGAGUGGCGAAGACGGAAUGGAAGAUGAAGAAGAAGAGGGGCGGAGCGAAGGUGUAG